AUGAAUGAACAUAUUUCUUAUGAGUUGUCGAGCGAGGAGCAGGAGGAGCCCGUGGAGCUCCUGGACACCGAGCUGGAGGCCCUGCGCACGUGUCUGAAGCUGAUCACUGAACAGGGGGCCACACUGCAGAGGGCCCUCAGCGAACUGGAGGCUGUCAGAGGCCCUCAGGAGGCCCCUGACCAGAUAACGGCGGUCAGCGAGACGACAGCACGGUUCUGCAUCAGGUCCAGGGCUUUGAUCAGCACUCGUCCUCAGCAACAGGCGUGUAGGGACUUCCUGGAGCUCGCGGAGAGCCACAGCCGGAGAUGGCAGAGCGCGGUGCAGUAUGAGCGUGAGCAGAGGGUCCACCUGCAGGAGACCAUCGAGCAGUUAGCCAAUCAGAACAGCAGCCUGGAGCGCGCCUGGAGAGAGGAUCCCGCCCCCCACUACCACCCGCUCAGCCGAGAAGGGAGCGAGGGAGCGUCUGCAGAGGCCAGUGAGGAGGAUGAGAGCGAGUACUUUGACGCCAUGGAGGAUUCGCCCGCUUUCAUCACCGUGACGACCAGCGACGCCAUUUUGAACAGGAGCAACUCGAGUGAAGCCAGUGGAGUUCACAACGACUGGAGCCAGGACGAGCAGGGCUCUCCAGGCUCUAACCACGUGUCAAAGCAGCCCCCGCGGAGGCAGCGGCGGACACACAUCCCCCACAAACCCAACUACUCCCUGAACCUGUGGAGCAUCAUGAAGAACUGCGUCGGCAAAGAGCUCUCCAAGAUCCCCAUGCCGGUGAACUUCAGCGAGCCCCUGUCCAUGCUGCAGCGCCUCACAGAGGACCUGGAGUACAGUGAGCUGCUGGACCGGGCGGCUGCAUGCGAGUCGUCCCUGGAGCAGAUGGGUCUGGUGGCCGCCUUCUCCGUGUCGUCCUACUCCACCACAGCCCAGCGCUCGGCCAAACCGUUCAACCCUCUGCUGGGGGAGACCUACGAGCUGGACAGGCUGGAGGAGCACGGCUACCGCUCCGUCUGUGAGCAGGUCAGCCACCACCCUCCAGCCGCCGCUCAUCAUGUGGUCUCACAGAGAGGCUGGACCCUGUGGAAGGACAUCACCAUCGCCAGCAAGUUCAGAGGGAAAUACCUGUCCAUCAUGCCCCUGGGAGCCAUCCACCUGAAGUUCCACUCGUCCGGGAACCACUACGUCUGGAGGAAAGUCACCUCCACCGUGCACAACAUCAUCGUGGGCAAACUCUGGAUCGACCAGUCUGGAGACAUUGGGAUCGUGAACCACAGGACCAAGGACAGCUGCCAGCUCAAGUUCUCCCCCUACAGCUACUUCUCCAGAGACAUCCCUCGGAAGGUGACAGGGGUGGUGUCCGACAGCUCAGGCCAGGCUCACUACAUCCUCUCUGGGACCUGGGACGACCAGAUGGAAAGUGCCAAGAUCAUCCAGAGCAGCAGGGGGAGCUCUGAGGGGAAGAACAAGACGCUGCUCCAGACACUGCCCCCUAAACUGCUGUGGAAGAAGUACCCUCUGCCGGAGGGCGCAGAGCAGAUGUACCACUUCUCCAGUUUGGCGCUGACGCUGAACGAGCCAGAGGAGGGCAUCGCUCCCACGGACAGCCGCCACCGACCCGACCAGCGGCUGAUGGAGGAGGGACACUGGGACCAGGCCAACGCAGAGAAGCAGAGGCUGGAGGAGAAGCAGAGGGUUGUGAGGAGGAGGAGGGAGGCCGAGGAGAACCAGGCACUGAGCCGAGGCCAGGAGCACGAGGGAUACCAGCCGCAGUGGUUCACCCAGAGACGCUGCUCCAUCACUGGGGAGAUCAGCUACGUCUACAGCGGAGGAUACUGGGAGUGUAAAGAGGAAGAGGACUGGAGCAGCUGCCCCAAGAUCUUCUGA